AUGAAGACCACACCGGGAGUUUUGUGCCUAGUUCUAUUAGCAUUUGGAUUAAGUGAAGUGCUUUGCAAUCCAUUUAAGGUUUUGGAGGAUCUGCACAGAGAACCUCCACCGCCUGCACCUAAAAGUGAUGCAAGGGCCGUUAGGGAGGAAUGGAUUGAACAGCAGCUUGAUAAUUUCGAUGAAUACAACAAUGCCACGUUUCAAAUGCGCUACCUGGCCAAUGAUGAAUUCUACCAACCUGGUGGGCCUCUAUUCAUCUACGUAGGGGGCGAAUGGUCAGUUUCACCUGGAUGGAUCCUAGGUGGGCACAUGUUUGACAUGGCAAGAGAGAUGAAUGGGUACAUGUUCUACACUGAGCACAGAUACUACGGUCAAACACGUCCUACGGAAGAUUUAUCUUUUGCAAAUCUCCAAUAUCUUCAUGUCAAUCAAGCUCUUGCAGAUCUGGCUCAUUUCAUUCGAACUAUGAAGCAAGAAAUUCCCGGAGCUUCUAGUUCAGGCGUUAUCCUUGUUGGAGCUUCGUAUUCCGCAACAAUGGUUACGUGGUUUAGGCAGAGAUAUCCGGAAUUGGUUAAUGGAGCUUGGUCUUCAAGUGCACCACUCUAUGCAAAAGCAGACUUUGUGGAAUACUUUGAAACUGUUGGCCAAUCAAUAAGGAUUGUCAGUGGAGACGAUUGCUACAAUACAAUUGAAGGAGCCUUCCUUGAAAUGGAACGUCUAGUGGAAAUUGGAGACUUUGAAACUCUCUCCAAUAAAAUGUACCUCAGUCCACCUUUGACAAACAAUCCCGACGACAUUAUGUACUUCUUCAACAGUCUCUCAGGCCUGCUAGCUGGGGUAGUUCAAUACCACUGGCCAGGAGACAUUGAACGAUCCUGCGAAGUUAUUAUGAGUGGAGAAACGGACAUUGAUGGAUUUGCUGAAUACACAAGACAGAGAUAUGGGGGAAGUUGGUCAUCAAACUAUGCCUCCUUUGUGGACUAUUAUCGCUACACUGGAUGGACAUCAGGAAUAAUGCGUCAAUGGCUCUUCCAAACUUGCAACGAAUAUGGUUGGUACCAAACUUCAGGAUCCCCCGAUCAACCUUUCGGUUCGAGCUUCCCAAUUGAAUUCUACUACCAAUGGUGCCACGAUAUCUACGACGAAAGCUUCUACAACGAGUCCAUCAACUACAACAUCUAUGUAACUAAUCUCGACCACAAUGGCAUGUAUCCCAUCAUUACGAACGUCUACUCAACGCACGGACAACUGGACCCAUGGCGACCAAUGGGAGUGCAAACAAAUGUUAAUUCCUUCGCCCCUGUUGUCGUUAUUCCCGGAGCUUCACAUUGUAUGGAUUUGUACUCAAUCAGCCCCAGUGAUACUCCCGAAAUGUUGGCCAGUAAACAGAGAACAACAUCCCUCGUAAGGCAGUGGUUGAUGAUCUUUUAAUUCAAGUACGAGAUAAGACAGCUAUCGUUAGAUAGCUUUAUCACGUACUUCAAAAUUGAAAGGAAAAGAUAAGAUUUCUUUUUUUUUAAAUCGAAACUGAAUUCUAAGAAAAUUUGGCGAAAAUAAAGAUUGAGAAAGUUUUCUACAUAAAAA